AUGGAAGCUGUCUGCAACCAACAAGCCGUGCGACGCGUCGUCCGGCUCGUCCUUACCGCUGGUACAGCGGCCAGUCAAGUCGGCCUGUCGGCCCUGCCGCAAGCCGGCCUCCUCGACAAGGUCUGCCACGUACCAGCGCGGCCAUUGCGGGCGGCCCCGACAGACACGGUGCUCGAUUGUGGCUAUCGGCUGCUUUGCAAUGCGUUGGGACGCGCGGACCGACCGCACACGGCGGACCUGCAAGCGAAACUCGACUUUUUUCAAUGGGCUCGCACGGCCAUUACGUUCGUGUGGGGCGCGGACGACACAUGCCGCGUACAUGUCCCCGAACACGACAAGCGCUGGGCCUCGCAUCUAGCGACGCUCGCGAUCCCGCACGACGAAGCCACGUGGAAACCGUCAUGGAAGCACUUGCCGUAUUCCGGGGCCGUGCGUUGGCUACAGUACCGCUGGCACCUCCAGGCGUUUCCGUUCCAGACGGCAGCAACAGCACCGACGUGUCCGCAUUGCGGCGAGCCUGAUGGCAGUGCUCACACGUUUGUCCAGUGCUCACGGGCCCAAGCGACGUGGCAGGUCGUACUCGGCAUUUGGUUUGGCCGAGACCCGCAGAGCAUCACGGUCGCCGAUCAUGUACGCUCGAUUGUCUCCCACGAGCAGCUGGCCGCACCGGCGUGGCUGGUGCGGGCCUCACAUUGGCGCUCCCACGGCACC